AUGCGAUCAUGCGCGGGAUGCCGCACCACUACAGCACGGAGAUGUGGGCAUACCCACAAGGGGACAAUCAAGAUACCGGUCAGGGGCAGCAACUGGAAGGACAUCCCCCGGCGGAUCGUCGAGGAGGAGGUGCAGAGAGAGAUCUGCAGGGAGGUGGCACAAGACGCGGGUGGUGGGCGUCAGUAUGCGACCGCUCUGAGGGAGUCGUGGUAUACGGUUGCCUGCCCACCACGGCAGGCGGUUGAGACCAUGAAGCCCGUGCUAACGAGGAAGGGCCGCACGAUGCGGCCAGAGGUGGAGGGCGACGCUGUGAUGGCCACCUACCGUACCGCGCUGGGAGAUCUCAUGGACUCGCUGCCAGGGUGCAUGGUGGCUGCGAACAUCACGGCAUCAGAGAUUGUGGUGCGUGAUGUGCAGCCCGGGGCCACCGCAUGUGUGGGGGGCCCGCGAUGUCGUGUAAUGCGGGGGACGGUUGCUUUUUGCCGAACCCUACUGAUCAAACGCGAGCCCUCGUCUUCCCUUGCCCCACUACUGCAGGCCCACACGGCUGUGGCGAUUCCACGCACGAAGGGUGGGGCACUGGUCUCCAAGGGCGCGUUCAUCAAGGCAAGCCCCAAGGAGAAAUGGUUCACGGACAUUGCUGUGAAGUCGAACAAGAAGAAGGAAGAGUGGUACGCCAAGGCGCUCUGUAUUUUCAAGGCGGCCACGGCUGACGGGGAACGGAGGGGGUUUGUGUACAUGCGGUGGUAUGAACAGGUGGGGGUAUGCCCACUCACCACCUGCGUGUAG